AUGACCGGUAAGGCAAUGUUACUCUGUGCAAUGGCACUUGCUGGAGGUGUCAAUGCAAUUGAUGGUGCUUCCGAUGUAAAUAUUCCAGCAUUGGAACCAUUGGACGUUAAACUGUCACCAGAAUCCCUCUGGGAAGAUUUCCAAAACUAUACUAGUACUGAUGAAUUACUUCAAAAAUGGAGGGUAUCACGUAUGGCUCUAAGAGAUGCCAAGACUGGUGACACAAGAUUGAUGUAUCCUGCUACAUGGUCUCUUCAAGAACCGUAUUCUUUAAAAAGUUUCAAGAAUGAUAAUUGUUUAAAUUUGGAGACAGCACAUUCAGCUGCUAUGAUUGGACAUGCGUUAGCCAAUCCUUUGGAAGUUGCUAACGGUAACAAAUUGGUGGUUCAAUACGAAGUUCAAUUGCAAAGAGGUUUAGAAUGUGGUGGUGCCUUUAUGAAACUAUUACCACCAAUGAAUGGAACAGAGUUACUCCGUUAUAGUGGUGGUAGUGUCCCAUUUGAAGUGAUCUUUGGUCCUGAUAAGUGUCAACCCUAUACCAAUGAAGUCCAUUUUGGAUUAAAGAAAACAAAUCCAACUACUAAUAAGCCAGAGGUUAAACUUUUAACCAAUGCGCCCAUUUCAAGAUUGGAUGGCGACGAAACGGUACGUCUCUACACAUUAAUCAUGGAUUCAAAGAGUCAAGAUUUUGAAAUCAGAGUCGAUGGUAAGGUGGUUAAAGUGGGCAAUUUGUUGGAUGAAGGAUUGUUCAAACCACCUUUCCAUGCGCCCAAGAAAGUACCCGAUUUGAAGGCGAAAAAACCUAAAAAUUGGGAUGAAAGAGAAUUUAUCCCUGAUCCUGAAGCUAUCAAACCUGAAUAUUGGGAUGAGAGCGAGCCUCUGAUGAUCCCUGAUGACACUGACAUCAAACCAGCUUCAUGGGAUGAAAAUAUGCCAGAAUAUAUACCAGAACCUAAUCAUUUCAAGCCUAAGUGGUGGGAAGACGGUGAAGACGGCGAAUGGGUUGCGCCGCUUGUCCGCAAUCCACAAUGUUUUGAGAUUGCCGGUUGUGGUCCAUGGCAACCAAGAAUGGUAGAAAACCCCGAUUAUUGGGGACCCUGGAAUCCCCCCAUGAUUGAAAAUCCAAAAUAUAGGGGUAAGUGGACACCACCACUGAUCGAUAACCCUGAUUAUUCUGAGGAUUUAAACCCAGGGACUUUGGAGAAUCCAAUCGGUGUAAUACUAUUUGAAUUCUGGAGUGGAUCUAAGGACUUACUGAUUGAUAAUCUGUACUUGGGUCAUCACGUUGAAGAGGCUGAAUUACUAGGUAAUAGAACAUUUAUUCCAAAGAGAAAGUUGCAAGAACAGCAGCUUGAAGCAGAAGUUAUAGGGCGUAGGGGACAUAUCGAACAUCCAAAGAAACCACCUACAAUGUUUGGACAAUCUGAAUAUAAACCAAACCUAUUUGAUAGGUUAUCCGAUUACGGUGACACUUUAUUGGAAAAAUUUAGCCAACAGAGUUCAUUCAUUCAAAACAUUCUUGGAGGUUCAAUUCUAGUUUUGAUACUAAUGGUUACAAGUUAUUUCUAUUUGAAAGCUGUUCUUUUCCAACAAAAAUAUUCCGGAGGUUCAGGUACUGGUAAGGAUAAGAAGGGUGACGAGAAGACGGAGGAGAAGCGUGAAAAGAAGCAACAAGCGAAUGAGCCAGAACCUCAUUUGGAGCAAGUAGACACCAAGGGUAAAAACGUUGGUUCUACCAAGAGAAAAACUAAAUAA